AUGAGUCAUCGCCGACGGACCAUUCGCCAGUUUAUGUGGAAGGAUAAGCAGUCCAUCAUCGAGAACAUAACUGCCAAAGCACAGACCAAUAGAGACACAAUGCGGGAAAACUGUACAAUAGACUGGAGUCUGCUUGUCGACCUCGAGCGGUUCUUCAAGCAUAUGUUGGAGGGGGUGAAUCCGAUUUAUCAUGAGAAAAUGGCAGCUUUUCUAAUCAUAGAAUGUAAUGCGAAACAGCCAUUUCAUUUCCUCGUCUACAGCAUGCAUGAACAGGAGAUCAACAUCGACGACCUAUCAAUGCGAGAUGUGGAGGUUGGAUGUGAAAGUGACCUCAGUCCAGUAUAUCCAUCGCACAGUGCGAGACCUUCUACUCACCGGCGAGAUGAGUACCUUAGUGUGAAAGUGAAGCCUGUGUUCUUGGUCAAUCUCUUUACAUCGAGGGUGUUUGUAGCAACACAAAAAGGUAUUCCUCAAUAUGCGAGCGAUGCACUUGAAGACUCGCCAAUCCCGGCAACGGAUUUACUCAACGAUCUAGAGAGUCAGCUUCAGCUUCCUCUAGAAGGGGGUGAAAUUCUACCCGAGCUCAAACUCAUCAGCGCUGAAGUCCGCCAACACCUCUCUAAAACGCUUAAAAAAAGCCUGCACUACUUCGAUGACUUGAAUGAACCACCUCUCAGUGUAGCCUUUGGAUUACCCAAAUUGACACCAGGACAUGUGCAGAUUGUCAGCGAUCUUUUGGAAUCCGGUCAUGAUCCUGAGACUGGACAAAUAGCGAAGUCAUCAUCCCUAUGGGAGACUUUAUUCGGCGAAUGUGCCUCAGAGAAGAAGCCGCUAAGUGAUUCCACAAUGCGGUCGAAAGUGGACUAUUUCCCUGUUUCUUCGCUACAGUGGACGCACAAACACUGA